AUGGAUGCUCUGCGCCAGGUCAAGCGCAUUACAGGCCAGCGCAAGAAGGUUGGACACGCCGGAACCAUGGAUCCUCUGGCCAGGGGUGUACUGCCGGUAUGCUUUGGGCAGGCUACCAGAUUGAUGGAGUACGCGUUCGAUGGAGUCAAGAAAUAUCGGAUGCAAGUCAGGUUAGGAGCCACAACUCAAACUUAUGAUGCGGAAGGCGAUGUCACUGAAGUUCGGGAUCCUAAUUAUGUUACCCCGAAAGACCUGGAAGCCGCCUUUCUGCCCUUCAUUGGCUCCGUAGAGCAAAAGCCUCCCAUGUUCAGCGCCGUAAAGGUGGCCGGACAGAGACUUUACAAGCUGGCGCGGCGGGGCAUUGAAGUAGAAAGGGAGCCUCGGAUCGUCGACAUAUUUGACAUUCGCCUAUUGGACUUUAACCUCCCCAGCAUAACGGUCGACGUGGAGUGUGGGCGCGGAGUCUAUAUGAGGACCCUGGCCCACGACUUGGGGCUUGCCUUGGGAUGCGGCGGUUACGUAACUGACUUGGAGCGUCAGUCUUGUGCCGGAUUCGAAUCCACUGAAGGUGUUACUCCUGAGGGACUGGCAAUUGCCGCCGAGGAAUCCGCUGAAAACGCUGGCUGGUUAUCCUAUUUGCACCCCAUAGACCAAGUUCUUCGUUCCCUGAGGGCCAUUACCGUGAGCGGGUUCAUAGAAAGAGCCCUGGGCAACGGCCAGAGUGUUGCGGCAGGCGGACUACCUUUCGAGGCCGGUUACUUGGAGCAGGUCCGAGUCUAUGCCGAAGAUGGCAGGUUGCUUGCAAUUGCCCGGUUCGAUCGGGCAGGAAAUGCCUGGCAACCCUUCAAGGUAUUCCAGGGGCUUGAGCCCUCUCCCUUUGCCUCGGAUAGCUUAAGCUUGGCAUAA